AGGAAAAAGAUUAGUGCUGUCCAUUGUUUUUUCGUGGGUCUGCCUUCAUACAGACUGUUAGAAAUGUACUGUCUGUAAAUAUAAAAAUGCAGUUUUUGAAUCAGGUUAAUAAAUACCUGCUAUUCUCAUCCUUAUAGUCGUGACUAAGUUUUGAAGCAAGCAGGAAUAUCUGGAGGAGAAUCAGCUGAAGUGAGAUCUGCUGCUGUGAAGAUGGUGUUUGUUAAAGAAGAGAGUGAAGAGGACACGAGUGAACCAGAACCCUGGAGAAUAAAACAAGAGGAACCAGAAACCUGGAAGAUAAAACAGGAGGAACAAGGAGGCCUGGUUAUAGUGAAAGAAGAACAAGAUCUGAAUGAAGUGGAAGAGAAGCAUCAGGAUCAGAAAGCUCAAGAUGUCACCACUGGAGAAAAAUCAUGCAGAGAGAUGAUGAGAGAUCCAGAAACCUGCAGAAUGAAAUACAAAGAAGAUACUGAAGAACAAACAGAGUUGAUUGAAGAAAAUGAUGAGAAGGAAGAAUUGUGUAAAGUUAAGGAGAAAGAUCAUGUCAAACCUGGAGAAAAACCUUUGAGUUGCUUUAAAAUCAAACUGAAAGGUUUAAAUAAAAGAAGAGGCAAAAAUGUUUUCACCUGCACUCAGUGUGGAACGAGUUUGUCAAACAAAUAUAAUCUUGAUGUUCACAUGAGAGUUCAUACAGGAGAGAAACCUUACACAUGUGAUCAGUGCGGGAAGAGUUUUGCACACUCAGCAAAACUGAAGGUACACCUGAACAUCCACACUAGAGAGAGACUGUACACAUGUGAUCAAUGUGGCAAAACGUUUUUGAGGGUCGCAGCCCUAAAGAAGCACCUUAGAGUUCAUACAAAGGAGAAACCACAUUCAUGCCGUUUGUGUGGAAAGAGUUUUUCAUGUAUACAAAAUGCAAAGAAACAUCAGAAAAUACAUACUGGUGAGAGAGAGUACAUGUGCUUUGAGUGUGAAAAGACUUUUAUUACAGCUGAACGUUUGAAACUGCACCAGAGGAUUCACACUGGAGAGAAACCAUAUGAGUGUUCACACUGUGACAAGAGAUUUAGUGAUUCAGCAAAUCGGAAAAGACAUGAGAGGAUCCACACUGGAGAGAAACCGUAUCACUGCACUGCAUGUGGGAAGAGUUUCAGUCGUUCAUCUGCUCUGCACAAUCAUACAAAAAACAAUCACACUUUACAGUAUAAUGCAAAAGGACAAGAGUAAACACUCAGUACUCAGUUAAAGGCAGUUCAUCAUUGAUUCAGUGUUGUCAUCAUCCAGCUCAGUUUAUUUCAAAGAUUAUCUGUGCAAUCGAAUCAAUGAUAUCGCCGGAAAUGAAGUGUCCCCAACUAAGCAAGCCAGAGGCGACAGCGGCAAGGAACCAAAACUUCAUCAGUGACAGAAAUGUAGAAAAAAGAAACUUGGGGGCUAAGUCAGGAGGCCAGUUCUCAUCUGGCCAGACCAAACCAGCAUUUUAAUUCCAGGCUGCAGCAAAAAAAUCAGCAGAGGACUCAUCUGGUUCCCGUAGUCUUGUAACACAAAUAGAAGUAUCUAUGAGUUUCAUACAAUGUUCAAUCGUCUUGUUUGUCACUUGUAGUUUGCUUACUCUGUCAUGAAGGGAAGUAGAAACUUUUUACAAAUCGUUCUUGUGCCGUGAGAGCACAUUCCAUUUUAAAUUCCUCACUACAGCUUUUAAUAGCCUAAUAAACUAUUUUAUUCCACACAUGGCUG